AUGGCACCUCAUGGCAAAGAACUCUCUGAGGAUCUGAAAAAAAGAAUUGUUGCUCUAUAUAAAGAUGGCCUAGACUAUUGCUAAGAAGAUUGCUAAGACCCUGAAACUGAGCUGCAGCACGGUGGCCAAGACCAUACAGUGGUUUAACAGGACAGGUUCCACUCAGAACAGGCCUCACCAUGGUCAACCAAAGAGGUUGCAUGCACAUGCUCAGCGUCCUAUCCAGAGGUUGUCUUUGGGAAAUAGACGUAUGAGCGCUGCCAGUAUUGCUGCAGAGGUUGAAGGGGUGGGGCAGCCUGUCAGUGCUCAGACCAUACACUGCAUCAAAUUGGUCUACAUGGCUGUCUCCCAAGAAAGCCUGCUAACAGUUUGCUGUAGACAAAUGGUGUCAAGCGUGUGUGGUGACAACCAGGUGAGGAGUACAAAGACAAGUGUAUCUUGCCUACAGUCAAGCAUGGUGGUAGGAGUGUCAUACUCUGGGGCUGCAUGA